UGGCGCUGGGUAACUCGAGUGGGAGGUCAAGGGUUGUCCGUUCUAUUUUGUUGAUUCUUUGAUUGUGAAACAGUCACGUUUAUGAAUUCCUUGCGGCGGAGAACAGCCGUUUCUUUGUGCGGAACUAUUUCGUUCAGUCUUCGAAGCUGCAGCGGUGGUACAAGCAUCUCUUAAGGAGAGAUGAACGUUCAGCAUGGAGGUUGUCGAGCUAUAUCAUAAGUUGAACGAAGGCCUAGGAUCGUACGCAUUUUCAAGAUGGAUCGGACAUUUUGUCGAAGAAUACCAAACGUCAAAUGUAUUGAUCGUAGUAAUUCUCAGUGUCAUACUCAUUGUAUUGAUUGCAUCGGUCUUUGUUAUGCGGAAAUGGAAGAACAAAGAAUUUCUCCCAGAAGUCAAAGAAUUUGUCGGAGUUGGAAGUGGCAAACCAAGAUUCAGAAAAAGGGACAAAGUUCUGUUUUAUGGCAGAAAAAUGCUGCGCAAAGUAAAAUCAAUAAGCGGGCAAGUGCACGGAACUGGUCAAGGCAAGAAACGGAGAGCAGUAAUGCGGUUUGCUCGACGAUUGCUGCAGCUGAGGAAAGAAUCUGCUCCUCAACAACUCAAGGUUUUAGAACCACCUGCCGAAUACCUUGAAGAAGAUUUAAGACCAGGAGAGAGAGUACCACCAGAUGCAUUAUAUAUGCUUCAAAGUAUCAGAGUGUUUGGACAUUUUGAGAAACCUGUAUUUCUUAAACUUUGCAAGCAUACUGAAAUUAUCGAUUUACCAGCUGGGAGCAAUUUAUUUAAAAUUGGUGACCCAGAUGAGAAUUUGUUUAUAGUACAGCAGGGUUUGGUAAAUGUGUUCAUAACAGGAUCGGAUGGAUCUCAAAUUCCCUUAAAGUUAGUUAAAACUGGAGAGUCAGUUACUAGUCUUCUUAGUUUUACCGAUGUACUGACUGGUCAUACGAGUAUAUAUAAAACUGUUUCUGCAAGAGCUGUAGAAGAUUCUGUUGUCGUUAAAUUACCAAUGCAUGCCUUUCAAGAGGUGUUUCAAGAUCAUCCAGAUGCAUUCAUUCGAGUUAUCCAGGUCAUUAUGGUUCGCCUUCAGCGUGUAACCUUUACUGCAUUACAUCAAUACCUUGGACUUUCUGCAGAGUUGGUUAACCAGGGAAUGUCCAAAAAGAAGCACAGUCCAUUCUCUGGUUCUCCAGUCAGAUCAAGAACAAAAGAGAAUUUUGCAGCUCAAAAUUCAGACAAUAUGUCUACUAUUUAUGGAGGAUUUGACCAACGUGAAGGAAGCGAUAUGCAACAUCGAGAAUCUUCGUUCGUUACUGGUUCACAACCUAUACCAAUUACAAUCAAUAGAAGAUCAAAAAAUUCAUUUGACUGGAAAUGUCAAAACACAAGUCCACAUUUGUGCCAGAAUGCGCCAGAUAUGGUUCCUGAGUGUGAUUCUCAUUGGCCAUAUCCAACAGCAAUGAACUUACAGCAAUCUUUGCACAGUGAGCCACCAGAUAUUACAUCUUCUGGAAGUACAUAUGUCAGGAAGCGAUCCACUAAUGAGGGACUUCAACAACAGCAACUUGACGAAGCUCAGUUUGUUCAGAUAGCUACGGAAGCAUUCGUUAGAGAGCUUGGUUUGGAAGAUGAAUCUGUGCUUAAGGAUGGUAAAGUCCAAAUUAGAGAAGUACCUGCAGGGACUUACCUUAUGAAGGAAGAAUCACAUAAGGAUGUGGCAUUAGUUUAUGUUGUCUCAGGUUCUUUGACAAUCAGUCAAAGAGUAGCUGAAGGACGCGAUGCAGGCCAAGAAGUGCACAUGUUUAGUGCGCACCAAGGAGAAAUAGUUGGUGGUUUAGCGGUACUAACUGGCGAACCAUCUUUUUAUACAAUUCGAGCAAAGAAUGCUAGUCGAAUAGCAUUGUUGUCUAAAUCUACAUUUUUUGCUCUUAUGAGAGAACAACCUACCAUUGUUUUACACGUUGCCAAUACAGUAGUUCGGAGACUGAGUCCUUUUGUUAGGCAGGUGGACUUUGCCUUGGACUGGCUAUUUCUUGAAAGUGGCCGAGCUGUAUACCGUCAAGGAGACGAGUCUGAUUCAACAUUUAUCGUUCUCAGUGGUCGACUAAGGUCAGUCAUCACACAAACGAACGGAAAAAAAGAAUUAGUUGCAGAAUAUGGCAAAGGAGACUUAGUAGGCAUCGUGGAGAUGGUUACUCAAACUCCUAGAUCCACGACAGUUAUGGCUGUACGAGAUUCUGAAUUAGCAAAGCUACCAGAGGGUCUUUUCAAUGUCAUCAAGCUAAGAUAUCCUAUAGUAGUUACAAGAUUAAUCAACUUGCUUGGUCAUCGUAUUCUUGGCACGUGGCAACAAAUGAAUGUAAAAACUGGUGUCAAUAGUCCACAACGAACUGCAACAACGGUCGAUGCAAGGCCGGCACAAGUGAAUUUUUCUACAGUAGCAAUAGUCCCUGUAUCGGAAGACGUUCCUUUGACAGCGUUUACAUACGAACUGUAUCACUCACUAUGUGCAAUUGGACCAUGUUUACGUCUUACUUCAGAUGUUAUCCGAAAGACGUUAGGGACAACGAUCAUGGAACCUGUAAAUGAAUAUCGAUUGACAUCAUGGCUCGCACAACAAGAAGAUCAACACAGAAUUUCACUGUAUCAAUGCGAUUCUAGUUACACAGUAUGGACGCAAAGAUGUGUACGACAGGCAGAUUGUAUUCUAAUAGUAGGCCUUGGUGAUCGACCGCCUACUUUAGGGCGGACAGAGCGAGAAGUAGAAAGAUUAGCUAUGCGAACUCAAAAAGAACUUGUAUUGUUGCACAAAGAACAGAGUGGUCAACGGCCUACCAAUACCGUCCAGUGGUUAAAUAUGAGAUCUUGGAUCUCUAGUCACCAUCACAUACAAUGCCCCAAACGUAUGUUCACCAGGAGAUCCCAAUAUCGUAUUAAUGAAUUAUAUUCCAAAGUGCUCAUGUCGGAACCCAAUGUACACAGUGACUUUAGCCGGCUAGCUCGUUGGCUCACCGGUACUUCUGUAGGUUUAGUUCUCGGUGGAGGUGGAGCCAGAGGAGCGGCGCAUAUAGGGAUGUUAAAAGCAAUUCUUGAAGCUGGAAUUCCUAUCGACAUGGUUGGAGGCGUUAGUAUAGGGGCAUUUAUGGGAGCUUUGUGGUGUAUGGAGAAAAACAUCACGACGACUACUCAGAAGGCCCGAGAAUGGUCAAAGAAAAUGACGCAGUGGUGGAGACAGAUCCUAGAUCUAACAUAUCCAAUGACUUCUAUGUUCUCUGGUAAAGAUUUCAAUAAGACUAUUCAAGCUACAUUUGGAGAUACGUACAUCGAGGAUCUUUGGCUUCCAUUUUUUACAAUUACGACAGAUAUUACUGCCUCUUCCAUGCGAACGCACACACACGGAUCACUGUGGCGGUACAUUCGGGGUUCGAUGUCAUUGUCUGGGUAUAUGCCUCCCAUGUGCGACCCAAUCGAUGGCCAUCUUCUUCUCGACGGCGGGUACGUCAAUAACCUUCCAGGCUUGCUAUGGAGAUAUCUUCGAUCCAGUAUGACGAUAGCGGGCGUUUUCCCUCCCGUUUGCGAUCCUCUCGAUGGACAUCUUUUGGUCGACGGGUGUUACGUAAAUAAUGUCCCAGCUGACGAGAUGUUGAGACAAGGAGCUUACCAUAUAUUGGCCAUCGACGUAGGAUCCCAGGAUGACACCGACCUGACGAAUUACGGGGAUUCACUUUCCGGCUGGUGGUUACUUUGGAAACGUUGGAAUCCUUUUGCAACUCCCGUCAAAGUCCCCAACCUGCCGGAUAUACAAUCCCGACUUGCGUAUGUCAGUUGUGUACGUCAACUGGAAGAAGUUAAGACCUCGGAUUAUUGCGAGUACAUAAGACCACCGAUUGACAAGUAUAAAACCUUACAAUUUGCCAACUUCGAUGAGAUCAAGGAUGUCGGAUAUCAACAUGGGAAAACAUAUUUCGAAGGUCAAUCGAAAGCGGGGGUUUUACCGAGGUUCAUUGCAGACCGGGAAAACGCAAGAGCUAUGCGUGCCAAAAGUCAGGCAGAGAAUCAACAGCCGAUAUCUUCGUAUACGUUUACUGAUUUGGCACAAAUGGUUUGUAAAGUUUCGCGAGGCAAUCGUUAUGUUGAUGAAAUAGACACUGAUUCCGACGAACUAGAAGAAUAUGAAGCUGAUUUAGAGGAAGACGCACAAGAAGUAGGCUAUGCUUCGGAACCUACAGCUGGUAUUAUGGAUCAAAGCCCUGAAGACAAUCGAUUACGAAGACGAGCUGGUGUCUCCUUGAGUUUAUCUGACACAGAAGCAGAAUCGGAACUAGAGUUCCAUCCAAAGAUAUUUUGAUUUUAUUGAUCUUAGGUAAAAAAAAUAAAAAAUGCAUUUGCUGUCUUAAA